GCGCGGUGGCUCACGCCUGUAAUCCCAGCACUUUCGGAGGCCGAGGCGGGCGGAUCACGAGGUCAGGAGAUCGAGACCAUCUUGGCUAACACAGUGAAACCCCGUCUCUACUAAAAAUACAAAAAAUUAGCCGGGCGAGGUGGCGGGCGCCUGUAGUCCCAGCUACUCGGGAGGCUGAGGCAGGAGAAUGGCGGGAACCCCAGGGGGCGGAGCCUGCAGUGAGCCGAGAUCGCGCCACUGCACUCCAGCCUGGGCGACAGCGAGACUCCGUCUCAAAAAAAAAAAAAAAAAAACAAACAAAAAAAAAACAAAAUGGUGACAGCAAGCUCUUUCACAAGAUGUGACUUAAGGUCUUUUCUUUAAAUAUAUUUUUAUGUUUAAACAAACAUAAAACGACUAAUUCUUUAGGACAUUUAAAACUUACAUUUCUAUGAUACAUUUUUCUUUUUUUAUUAAGAAAUACUGACUUAUUUCCUCUAAAAGGAAUGUAUUUUUCUAUUUUUAAAGAUUAUAAUCCUACUCCAUCACACAUGGUUGAUCAUUUUUAUUUUCCCUGUUAUCUUUCAAUAAACUUAUUUUAAAUGUAUAGGUGUGGUUGAAUCCAUUUUUACCUAACAUUUAAUUAAAAUAUUUUCCUAAGUUGCUAAACAGACUUUAUAAUAAUAGCUAUUUUCAAGGUUUUCUACUGGGUAGAUGUACCAUAAUAAAAUAAUCUUAAAUGUUAUUUAGCAUAUACUGAACAUACUGUGUGCCAGGUGCUUUAAAUGCAUCACAUCUAAAAUUCACAACCUUGCUAAGUAGGAAUUGUUAUUUUUGUUGUACAAAUGAAGAAACUGAGGAGUUAAGCAACUUUUCCAAAGUCACACAGUCAAAGCUAAACUGACACACAAAUACAGCUCUGUCUACAGAGGUUCAGUAUCAAGGUAUUUCUGGAAUGCAUUAUUUAAAUAUUCCAUAUUUUCUUAGAAUUCAGAUUGCUUCCAAUUUUUUACUUUCAUAAAUAUCAAUAUCUUUAUGCAUUAUGUCUUUUUCUCUCCUUUUGGAUCAUCACUUUUUCAUGGGAUUACUAGGGCAAAAACAUGUUUUUGUUUCUGUGCCUCCUGGUAUGUAUUAACUCCUAACCUCUCAAACUUGCAUUAAAAUUUAAAUCUGACAUUUUUCAGCUUUCCUAUCUAAGGGGUGCUUCGACAUCAGAGCUCCUUAGGAUUUACUUGCUUUCUAAAGCAAGGUCAAAAGGCUUUGGUUUUAAGGAUCUAUGAGUGAAGAGAUAAUGCAGGAAGCCUGAUAUGCUGACAUGUGGGAGAGGCAUCAUUCACCACAGGAGAGGAAACAGCAUGGAUGGGUGAAAGUUGCAAGACGGUAGGUUUAUAAACAAAUCCAACAACCAUUUAAGUGUAGGAGCAUUUCCAAAGUUGGCAUGAGCCUCUGUGGGAGGCUGAGAGCUUCCUGUCACUGGAAGUGUUUAUGCAUAGACUGAAUGAUCACUGAGAGGAGACUCAGGUGACUGAUCUGCAGUCAGGGCUGAGAACCACCUUUGGAACCCGCGGUCCUCUAACUGUAAUGUGAGUCAGAGUCACAUAAGCAAAUGUCACUUUGCGUGGGGGUGGUGGGCUGGAGCAAAAAUCAUAAUCAUUACUUUUUGGAUGGGAUCUUCCUUUCAAAAAAGUGUCUCAGGUGCUUCUGAGUUACGAGAAACACAUUCAGAGAAACCUGUUCUAAGCUAGUUCUUUUAAGAUAUUUGUUGCCCAUUUUGUGAAGAGAUGAAGACUGAGCGGUUGUGGCCACGUUGCCCACCUCCAGCAGCAGUGGGCUUCUCCACGCAGAACCCAGGAGUAGGAGACUCAGAAUCGAAUCUCUUCUCCCUCCCCCCUCUUGUGAGAUUUUUUUGAUCUUCGGCUACAUUUUCGGCUUUGUGAGAAACCUUAUCAUCAAACACAAUGGCCAGCAACGUUACCAACAAGACAGAUCCUCGCUCCAUGAACUCCCGUGUAUUCAUGGGGAAUCUCAACACUCUUUUGGUCAAGAAAUCUGAUGUGGAGGCAAUCUUUUCGAAGUAUGGCAAAAUUGUGGGCUGCUCUGUUAAUAAGGGCUUUGCCUUUGUUCAAUAUGUUAAUGAGAGAAAUGCCCAGGCUGCUGUAGCAGGAGAGGAUGGCAGAAUGAUUGCUGGCCAGGUUUUAGAUAUUAACCGGGCUGCAGAGCCAAAAGUGAACCGAGGAAAAGCAGGUGUGAAACGAUCUGCGGCGGAGACGUAUGGCUCCUCUUUUGACUUGGACUAUGACUUUCAACGGGACUAUUAUGAUAGGAUGUACAGUUACCCAGCACGUGUACCUCCUCCUCCUCCUAUUGCUCGGGCUGUAGUGCCCUCGAAACGUCAGCGUGUAUCAGGAAACACCUCACGAAGGGGCAAAAGCGGCUUCAAUUCUAAGACUGGACAGCGGGGAUCUUCCAAGUCUGGAAAGUUGAAAGGAGAUGACCUUCAGGCCAUUAAGAAGGAGCUGACCCAGAUGAAACAAAAAGUAGAUUCUCUCCUGGAAAACCUGAAAAAAAUUGAAAAGGAACAGAGCAAACAAGCAGUAGAGAUGAAGAAUGAUAAGUCAGAAGAGGAGCAGAGCAGCAGCUCCGUGAAGAAAGAUGAGACUAAUGUGAAGAUGGAGUCUGAGGGAGGUGCAGAUGACUCUGAGAAAGGGGACCUACUGGAUGAUGAUGAUAAUGAAGAUUGGGGCAUGACCAGCUGGAGUUGAUAAAGGAUGAUGAAAAACAGGCUGAGGAAGGAGAGGAUGACAGAGACAGCGCCAAUGGCGAGGAUGACUCUUAAGCACACAGUGGGGUUUAGAAAUCUUAUCCCAUUAUUUCUUUACAUAGGUGCUUGUCUAAGAUCAAAUUUUUCCACCAGAUCCUCUCCCCUAGUAUCUUCAGCACACGCUCACUGUUCUCCCCAUCCUUAUCCUUCCCAUGUUCAUUAAUUCAUCUUGCCCCCCGCCUAGUCCCAUUUUCACUUCCUUUGACGCUCCUAGUAGUUUUGUUAAGUCUUACCCUGUAAUUUUUGCUUUUAAUUUUGAUACCUCUUUAUGACUUAACAAUAAAAAGGAUGUAUGGUUUUUA